UGGCGUCUCAACGUGGUCGUAUGUGCACAAUAUUUUUCUAUAAUUUUUUCUUAAAAUCGGAAGUGAAGGAAUAGAAAUUUUAAAUGAUGGCUGCCUGAUUAUGAAAAAAAUUUGAAAGGUGGGCGGGUCGCCCAGUUUUUAGCCCAAAUAGUCGAUAGAUCGCAUCAAUUCUGACAUUCAAGAACAGCAUGUCGAAGGCGACGAAGAGAAAACACGUUACAAAAGAGGUUCUGGAUGAUUAUGUAGUGCCAGAACCAAAUCAGCAGAUCGUUAAGGUAAGAAAUUGUACCCGAUAUGAAACAGAUUUCCUUGUCUCCAGUAUGGGUAGCUACAUCUCCAAGAUAAGGCGGGUUUGGAUAUGUAAUUUUUAUUUUAAAAUUUUAGUUAACUAAGCUUAAUUAUUAAUUGAUUAUUUGUUAUUCCUUGAAUAGUUUAGCUCAUUAAGCUUAGCCCACUUGGAUAUGCACUCUCUAAAAGGCAGACGUACAUCAUUCUAUACUGUGAAAGAGCACAAAGGUGUAUGUUAAUGGAAGGCAGGUGGCUUAUUUAUGUGGGAGUAGUGAUGGGUAAGGUGGUAAACUAUAGCUAGCCAUACCUCCCCUAGUCUGCUACACAGCCAUUCUUUGUGUCAUCAUGGAGAAGCAUAAUUUUUGUGUGAUGACUGCCCCCCCUCCCCUUCUGGCAAUCAAAACAGAAGAGGGGGGGAAGUAGUACAGCUUCACGUAAGAUCUUUGCGGCUGAGUAGUUUAACUGUAGCUCCAUUUUGUUUCCACUCUCACAAGAGCUAGGGAAAUUGUCAUGCUCUAUUUGGCCAACAAAGCAACACUAUAGUUCCUUCACUUAAAAAAAAGACACUCGUCUUUACUAAAAUACCUGUCUAUACUAUUCAAGAUUUUAGGAAGUCGUGGUAACAACCUUCAUGAGGCAGAAACACCUGAUGGCAGUAAAUACCUUGUCAGUAUGCCAUCAAAAUUUAGAAAAAGUGUCUGGAUUAAACGAGGUAUGGCGUAAACAUUAAACACAAAUAUUACAAAGGGUGUGAAAUUUUUAGUGUCACAAUCAUGCAACAAAGAAAAUAAUAUCCAAGUCCUUCAGAAUCAAAGUUUUUUUGUUAUUGUCAUUUUAGCUCAACUAAACAAGUGCAAUUGCACAAUUUCUGCUUAUAUUAUGGAGUCUGAGCUGUGACUAACAUCUUUUUUUAAAUGUUGCUUUCCAGGAGAUUUUGUCAUUGUUGAUCCAAUAGAGGAAGGAAACAAAGUCUGCGCUGAGAUUGUUUAUAUUCUCUAUAGCAAGCAAAUAAAGUAUCUGAAAAGUGAAGGCUUGUGGUAAGAGAAAAAGUCUGAAUUACCAAGUGUUUACAUAAUAUUAUACAGGGCUGUCGCUAACAGCCAGGCCGGAACUGAGAUUUCUACUAACUCUUUUGAGAGGAAACAAAAAGAAAAUAGAACAUAAAGAACUUCCAAGCUGUUUAAUUUCCUGCAUAUAUGUUGCAGUUAAUUUUUUAUCUCAGGUUAUUUUUGUUUUUCAUUUGUUUUAAAUUCACUAACAUAUAUUACCAUACCCAAAAACAAUGGAAAAAUAAAAAUUACGUGAGAUAUACCUGGCAACUUGGUGAAAUCAGCCAUAAGUGAUUAAAUGUUAGUACAUACUUCUUUAAUUUUGUACUGGUAACUAAAAACCAUCCUUUUCAAUUCAAAAUAAUGAAAAUUUCCUUUCACGUCAUGUAUAUUUUGUAGUAGUAAUAAUAAAUUGAAUAAAUUAGAAGAUAAUAAUGUAAGGUAGACCCCAACCCCCUGUUGGUAUCUCACUACCACCCUAAAAUAGAUUAAUAAUUUAUUCUGUUUUUAAGGCCUGAGACGUUCACAGAGAAAUCCCCUGCUGAUGAAAAACCACAUGUUAAGCAAGGAAGCAGGUAAAAAUGGUGAUUACUUAAACAAUGAGCUGUCUAUAUCAAUAUCAAUACUUUUCUUUCUGGAAGAGCUUAUUUGUAGAAAAUAAUAUUAGUUUGCAUGGUUGGUUUUACGAUCACUAAUGCUGCUCUUGAAGUAAAUUGCUUCAAAAUUAAUGAUCACUGCAUUCUUCACCAAGGGGUCAAGGUAAUGCUUAGUCUAUUGAGUGUAUGAUGUGAGAUGUAUGAUGUUAUCUUGGUUCAUAUUGGUGAAAAUGAAUCUUAUCAGUUAUUUGAUCCCAAAAUAAUAAUUAUUAUUUUUAAUAACUAUUUUAAUUAUUAUUAUUAUUACGACAUUAAUUUUCUGACAGGUCACCUUACACCCCGUGCAAACGGACACUCAUCUCCUUGAGAACAAAUUCAAAAAAACACUUUGCAAAUUACUUUUUGAUAUUUUGAAUUCAGAAGAUGAUACAAUAUAUAUGGACAUGCCCAACUUAAUUAAAAAGGUAAAAUUAGCCCAAAAUGUCGAAAAAAUAAAUUUUUGCUUCUUAAUUUUUACUUUUACAAUAUACUUUUUAAUUAUUUCUUCAUUAUUGUGUUAUCUAGUCCUCAUCCAUAUUAUGAUUUUUGUUUCAUUUAUUUGUAAACUGUAAACUUUCCUUAGUUAGCCUUAGUCUUAAUUUCAUAUUUUGCAUGCAUUGUCUUGCCUCGAUUAGCCUUGCUAGGUGCAGGCAAUGCUUCUGUAAUAUUAUCUGUUUAUUAAUAAAGUUUGUUGUUGUUGUUAUGAUUCAACUGUUUUUUUUUUUGGUAGUAAUGUGGAUAGGAGGGCCAACGAAGAUAUCAGUGAUGAUGAUGAAGAGGAGAAUUCUGAGGACGACAAUGAUCUGUUUGUUAAUCCAAACCACCAAAAGCCAACAUGUUAUGUAGACACAGACUCCUCAAGCGAAGAGAGUGACAACAACAAUGAACAAUGA